ACCGUCAGACUUUAAUUGAACAAAAUUCGAUUUUUUACCAAGAGAAUUAUUAAUUAAUACUGAUUUUCUUGAAACUGUGACUGCUUCAACGAAUUUUUAACAAGAUUUUUAUUAUUUUAUUUUUAUAAAUGGCACAAAACGUGAAUCCAUACAUGUCUGAACAAACGAAUCAUCAUACGAAACAAAACGGAGAUCCAGUACCCAAAUCUAGUGAUAAUCAUGCCGUUAGCAAAAGAUUACAAAAAGAAUUAAUGAUACUAAUGAUGUCACCGGAUAAAUCGGUAUCAGCAUUCCCAGAAGGUGAUAAUCUAUUUCGAUGGAUUGGUACAAUAAAUGGUCCAAAAGAUAGCGCAUACGAAGGUUUAUCGUACAAAUUACAUUUAGAAUUUCCAAGUUCAUAUCCAUAUACAGCACCAAAUGUUAAAUUUAUAUCACCCGUAUUUCAUCCGAACGUGGAUACAAAAGGCCAUAUAUGUUUAGAUAUAUUAAAAGAUAAUUGGUCAGCAUUAUAUGAUGUACGAUCGUUAUUAUUAUCGAUACAAUCGUUAUUAGCUGAACCAAAUAUUAAAUCACCAUUAAAUACAUUAGCUGCAGAAAUGUGGAAGAAUCAACAGAUGUUUAAAACGCAUGUAUUAGACACAUUUAAUGAUAAAUCAGAUAAUAUUGAAUAACGUCAUUUUAAAAAAAUAAACGGUGUAUUUUUUAUUAUUAUUUGUUAGCGGAGAAAAACUAUUUAAGUAAAUAAAGGAAGUGUCUUUAUUGUUAGCGAUGUCAAUAAAUUUUCUCUUUGGAUAUCGUAUCUUUUAGAAUCACGGAUCUAGUAAUAAUAGUAGGGAUGUAGUAUAAAGUCCUACUUUAAACGAGGGGAUACUCCAUCCCUUUUAAAAUAUUCCUAUAUCCAUGUUUAGAAUACAUUAUUGCAUGAUAUCCAAAUUGAUUAGUUUCGACUUGAAUGUUUUUACUGUUACUAAGAUAAUCUAGUUUAGAAGUAGAAAGGAGUAUGACUCAACUCGAACUUCCUUAAUCCAUUUUAUUAAAAGUACUUCAAUUUUUAUUAAAUAUAAAUUUCUUAUUAGUUUAGUCUCGGUGAAAAUUGUAUGAGAAUAUUUCAAGCUGUCGCUGACAACGGAGACGCUUCUAGUAAUAAUAAUGUAGUUUUUCAAUUUAUAUAGUGAAAUUUAUUUACUAUUUUGGAAUCAUUGUGAAUGAGAACUGAUUUUUUUUUGUACUGUAUUGUAGUUUAUAAAAAAAAAAUAUUCCACAUUAUUAAAAUAACCCUUCCUCACUUCACUUUUUCCCCUCUCCCAUUUUAUUGACUACGAAAAUUUUCUGAUGUGUUUUUUUCUUUUUCUUAAGUGAAUGUUUUUAUAUUAGAUAUAAUAGUUUACCGG